AUGAGGACGUUUAUUUUAUGCUGCGUUGCCUUAGCGGCGCUGGCUACUGUCAGCUGCCGCGAACUCCCUCGGGAUAAAAGGGACGCAGACUUGGAGGUUGCGGCUAGCCAUCACGGUGGCAAAUGGGAUAAAGGAGGUGGUCAUGAACAUCAUGAGCAUCAUCACCAUGACCACGGCGAGAAGGGCCACAAGGGUUACAAGGGACACCAUCAUGACGAACACGGUAAGAAGGGCCACCAUCACCACGAAAGUCAUAAGGGACACCACGACGAGCACGGUGGGCACAAGAAGCAUCACCACCAUGACGACGGGCAUCAUCACGAACACCAUCACGGCGAGAAAGGACAUAAAGGACAUGGUCAUCACGAAAAAGGUCAUUACCACAAAGGUCACUCGACAAAGGGUCACCAUGGAGUUCACAAACAUGACGAGUUUAAAAAAGAGAAACACUUCCACGACCAUCAUCACGAUGGGGGGCAUCAUGAGCAUCAUGGUGGACAUCAUGAGGAGCAUGGACACAAAAAGGGUGGUGAAUUCCACAAAGGACACAAGCACGGCGGGCAUCAUGAACAUGAACAUGGAAAAAAGGGUCACCAUGAAAAGGGAGGACACCACCAUGACCACAAGGGUUACCAUGAUGAAGGAGGUCAUCAUGAGCAUCAUCAUCACCAUCAUGAUCAUGGAAAGAAAGGAGGUCAUGAAGAUCACAAGCAUUGGGGCUACAAAAAAGGACACAAAUAA